AUGGCCCAGAGUUUCCAGGAUGAAGUCAUCUGCCCUGUGUGCCUAGAUUAUUUCUCUUACCCGACAUCCAUAGAGUGCGGACACACCUUCUGCCUCCCUUGUAUCUUCCGCUGGUCCUACUCCGCCGUGGAGGUGUCUUUCACCUGCCCCGAAUGCAGGGGGGUCUCCCAGAGGGCAAAUCUCCGGCCCGAUCGGCAGCUGGGGAACCUGGCCCGCCUCGCCCAACGGCAGAGAGGUCUCCUGGAGAGGACCCUGAGCCUGAAGAAGGAGAUGCUCAGAUUCAGAGAGGACAUGACUCUGGAUCCCAGCACCGCCAACGGCUUCCUGGUCUUAUCUGAAGAUUUGAGGAGUGUGUGGUGUGGGUUCAGGGAGGAGCCCCUCCCCAACACCCCCGAGUGUUACGAUCAAACCGCCUGCGUCUUAGGCUCCUCUCGAUUCACUCACGGGAGACAUUUCUGGGAGGUGGAGGUGGAGGGCAAGACAGAGUGGGAUAUCGGAGUGACUCUGGAAUCUGGGAUGCGGAAGGGAGAUAUUACGCUCUCCCCUCAAGAAGGAUUCUGGGCCAUUAGCCUAAGGGAGAGGCAUCAUUUCUGGGCCUCCACAAGCCCCCAGACCCCCCUCUACCUGAGGGAGUGUCCUAACCGCGUGGCAAUUUUCCUUGACAUAGAGGCCGGAAUCAUUUCUUUCUACAGUGUCCCUUGCGGCUCCCACAUCUUCACUUUUUCGGACACUUUCCCCGAGCCGCUGCGGCCUUUCUUCUGCGUCGAGCUUCCGGACGGAGGGGAGAACGUGGCCCCGUUGACCAUCUGCCCGGGGCCGGAUGGAUCCUGGAGAGGCCCCGGUUACCUCCCUGGACCCGACAUUCCUCCAGAGAAUGCAGCGGCUCCCACGGUGGAACCUCACGACUCUACCCCCUGA